CUGCAUUAGCAUCUUUAAUUAGUCUUAUCACUCAUUCAGUUAAUAUUGUAGGUUUCUUGUUUUUAACAUCCGAAGUCUUUUUCUAAAGCUGAAUUAUGUCUAUUAUACUAUUCUAAUACAAGCAAUGACACCAAUGAUAUAACAAACACACUAUUUUGAAUUAGUUUUUUUUAUUCUCUUACAACAUAUACUUAGGGUUACUUGGAAAUGAUUAAAUGUUCUCUAGAGCAAAGUGGGGAAACCGAAAGCAUAAAAAUAGCGUCAAAGCUUUCGCUUUCGCUUGUGGGAGCGCACUGAAUUUUAGUUGCGACUUCUCCAUUUAACUUUUCGAUUCACCAUCAUGUGCUGAAGAUGGAUGAAGGAGCCAAGUUGCACCUUAAAGAGUGGCUGGUAGCUCAGAUAGAGAGUGGGAAAUAUGAAGGUCUGUGCUGGGAGGAUGAGGACAAGACAAUGUUCAGGAUUCCCUGGAAGCACGCAGCCAAGAAAGACUACAAGCAGACGGAGGAUGCUGCUCUUUUUAAGGCCUGGGCAGUGUAUAAAGGCAAAUACAAGGAGGGCAGGGAUAAAGCUGAUCCCACAAUGUGGAAGACCCGACUCCGUUGUGCACUUAACAAGAGCACCGACUUCCAGGAGGUUCCUGAACGCAACCAGCUGGACAUCACUGAGCCCUAUAAGGUCUACCGAAUCGAGCAGGAUGUCUGCCUAUCUAAGACAGCAGCUCAUCCUCAGUCAAAGUAUGUGUUCAACCGUGUAAAACUGCCUCCAGGGAGUCCUGGUUUUCCGGAAAAACAGUUUCACUGUCAAAAGGAAACGUUUCAAGCACACAAAGAAGAGAAACCAUGUGCUGAUGACCUGAUGAGGGAGCAUAUGUACUGUGAGGUAACAGAGAAGAAAAAUCAAAAUCAGGCUUCUGCUCCAAAAAGUUUCUUCAGCCCUGCACUGAAUAUAACUGAUUUUCGCAUGCAGGUGAGACUGUUGUACAAUGGCCAGACAGUGACGAAAGUGACCACACGGAGCCCAGACGGAUGCUUCAUCCUCCAGGGUCACGUUCCUUUGGGAAAUGAACAGAUCUAUGGCCCCUGCACUGCCCAGCAGCUCUCUUUUCCCUCCCCGGGCUCUGUAGCUCUUCCGGCCUUCAUGACAGAAGCAAUGAAUCGCCUUCUUUGUCACCUGGAAAGGGGUGUGCUAUUGUGGGUGGCACCAGAUGGUGUGUUUAUCAAGCGCUUCUGUCAGGGCAGGGUGUAUUGGAGUGGUCCCUUGGCCCAACACACUGACAAGCCAAACAAACUAGAUCGAGAAAAGACCUGCAAGCUGCUGGAUAUACCCACGUUUCUAAAUGCACUCCAGAACAGUUUACAGGGCAAGGGGCCAACACCUUCAUAUGGGAUCGAGCUCUGCUUUGGGGAAGAGUUUCCAGACCCAAAUGUACCUAAAACCAGGAAGCUCAUAAUGGCACACGUGGUUCCCUUGUUUGCCGUGGAACUGUUACAGAGAUUCAGCUUGAGACAAACUGAGGAAAAACAUCAGAAUCACACAUCCAACACACAAGGAAAAAAUAUGUCAGCAGACUGAGAAAUGUGCCAGAGUAAAUACAGACAAUGACAAAUGAACUUGAUCUCCAUCCUUGUAAUCACCAUGACAGAGUACCACAUUAUUAUCAGUAUAGAUGUAUAUAGAUAAAUAUUACCUGCAUAGUAGCCAUGUUUGCAAGUCAUUAAGGAAAAUUUACUGUAAUCUUCAUUAUUGCAGCUUGUAUUUGAUGUUAUUUUCUGCAGCGCAGCUAAACACCUGUUGUACAUUUUGGUCAAAGCAUGCUGAUAACUAAAUAAUAAUGUGAAUGUUUUUCUCCCUCUUCAUUUGAUGUUGAACUCAUACUUGUAUUAUGACAUGCUAAUUUAAUUUUCUCCCACUGGAACAAAUAUGUAGAGUAAAUUGACAACAGGAAUUAAAUCUAUAAAGCUU